AUGGGUUCAUGCUCGGCGGACCAUAUGAGAAGAUCUUAUGACCUCGGCUUGAUCAUUAUCGACAUCGGUAUUAAUCGGCAUCCUUCCCGGCAUUUCUUACCUGGGCAUCCUCGGUGUCUUGAUGUUUCAUCGAUCUUCAAUUUACGACUUAUUCCACCAUUCAGGAUGUGCUCUGACGGAUACGAGCGCAACACAACGGUCCUCAAGAAGGGUGACUCGAGACUCGUUGGUAGCUCGGAUUGGCCGCGCCGAACCCGCAAUCUCAUUUGACCGGUGCCUUACUCUACAGCCAAUGGAACUCCAAACACGGUGAGAUGUUCGCACAGUUUCUGUGGAAGGCGUUUCUGGUAA